AUUUGGAUGUGAUUUUAUAGCAAAAACUGAAACAUUUUGAAACUACAAACAAGAAGUGAAGAUAAGUAAGAUGUAAUAGUGAUUCAAGCAUCAUUCAACUUUGUUUCCCUUUGAGUAGGAAACGAGUGAAACGUGUCAGAAAUCCAAGGUCACAAUUUCCCACUCUCUCUUUUCACUUCAUUUAUUUCACUUUCUCUCUCCUCCAUUACCAAUUCGGUGGAGAGAAUAAACAUGGUGGAUAUACAACCAUCGGAUGCCCCUCUAAACAGCGUCGCGGCGCCCCUCGCGGUUGCUUCAUCCGAGACCGUUGGAUCCAAACGCCAGAGACGUCCCAGCGUUCGCUUAGGCGACAUCGGCGGCGACCAACCUUACGAUUCUCAUUUCCGACGCUCGUCCUCCUCUUCCUCCGCCGCCGCUUCCAAGCAGUGGAAACACCAACCCCGUCUCUCCUUAACUCCCUCAGUCGCCACUGCGACUGCUAAAUCGUCCAAGACUCGCGCCCUAACCAACCUCAGCACCGACUUCAACGCCAACCACGAAACCCUCGAUAACGAAAGAGAAGCUAACAAUAACACCAAUUUGGACGCCGUUGCGAUUGGUAGUUGGAGUUUCAAGGAUCUCAAGAAACGGGGCCCCGCUACGAAACGGGUUCGAUCCAAUUGGGUUCCUAAAUUCGACGAUUCCGGCGGCGGAAACGUCAAUAACAACGGCAACAACAACAACACUAACAGCAAUAAUGUGGAAACCGAGGAAAAAUACAGUGGCGGCGAAGAUAACGAUGAUUUCGAGUUGGAGAACUCGGAAAGUCCCAUGAAAGACCACAGUCCGAUACAUUCUUUGGAUAAUUUGCUGGUGGAUGGCAAUGAAAGGGAAGUUCUUUAUCAUGGGAGUAAUCACAGGAGGCCAAUUCGGACUCGGGUUUCUGAUGGCGUGGAGUUAUCUGGGCCAUCAGAUACCGAAAUCAGACGGUGUGAGGAAGAUGCGGUUAGAAUAUGGUUGAAUAGUUUGGGGUUAGGAAGGUAUGCCCCGGUUUUCAAAAUCCAUGAAGUGGACGAUGAAAUUUUGCCAUUGUUGACAUUAGAGGAUUUGAAGGAUAUGGGAAUAAAUGCAGUUGGUUCUCGAAGGAAAAUGUUUUGUGCAAUCCAGAAGCUUGGCAAAGGCUUUUCCUGACGUUUUUGAAUUAUGGUUACAGGGUUUCUGAAAGCACAAUUUUUAUCAGCCAUGGAGAUGUAUUACUGAAGAGAGGAGCAACCAUGAAAAGCUUAAUCUAUGUGGUCUUUAAGGAAAUCCAAGUUUGUUUUCUGGAGCUUCUAUCCUCUUUGUCAGUUUAAUAUGUGUAGUUGUGUGAAGUAUUCACGGGCUUACUCUUUUUCUCUGUCGAGUUCUGUGCCGAUUUUUUUGCCUGUCUGACCUAGCUCGUCCUGCUGUGGGAACUGUCGAAUGCAUUGCUCAUAAUUUCACCUUCAUUUAAAGCAAAGCCAGUUCUAGUGGAUCUUUGUUUGAGCAUAUGCAUGAAUUUGUUGUAUAUCGUUCAUAUCUUCUUGGGAAGAAUAGAGCUGGCAUUUUUGUAGUAUAUGUCAAGAAACAUGUGUGAACAAGGAUUUAUAUGCAGAAAGGAAAUUGCUUUCAAAUCUGUUUUGGUGAGAACAGUGUUAAAACCGAAGCUGAAAUGAGGGAGGCAAGCAUCAUCAGAAUUCCCCAAGUUCCUUACUGGCAAGCUUGCUUGUGCGGGCAAUGAAAUUUGCUGUGAAUAUGUUAUUGGGAUCUAAAAUCUUUCUCUGGCAGAUGUUAAGAUUUAUAUGAUGAAGCAGUCUUUCCCCAAAAAUUGUGAUCUCACCUUUGGUGCAUUUUGGUCAAUAUCCACCAUUUACACAUUGUCAUAUAUUGAAUUACAGGUUUGAUAAUAAUCAACUACCUUUUUGUUAAUAAUAAAUUUUAUUUAAAAAUUGUAUUUAUUUAUUUUAUUUCUUAGUCCUCAACUGUACAAUAAACAAAACAUAUCAAUAUAACUCUUCACAGAUUUUAAUUAUUAAUGAUAA